UCUCGUGACAUGUUCGACCGGAUGAAAAAAAUGCUGGACGCCUUGGACUAUGAAUGCUUUGGUACAACAGUUUCACUAGUAAAAAAUGAAGAGGUUUUUACCAAAAAAAAAAAAAAUGAAGAGGAAAAUAUAGUCACCAAGCUUACUAAUCUCUAUAAGAGCUUGGAGAAGUCAAAAUGCGUAAACAAGUUAUCUACAAGGGAAAAAGAAAAUUCCAAAAUCAAUGACAGUGAAACAGGAACUCAGGCUUAAGACAACCAAGAAGGAUUAGGAGCCAAAAUCUUCUUUUGGGAAAGUUUUCUGGCUAUGUACUUAGGGUGUAACUGGAAUGCAUUUUUUGGAAUAUAAACUUCCUGAAUGCUUAAUUCCUUUUCAUUUCAUAAAAUAUUCAUCAGUUAGAAUGAAAAAAGGAAUGAUUAUUCCUUCUCAUUCCAUAUUAUUCAUUUCUAUUCCAAAAAAAAUAUUAACAUUCUUUUAAAAAACCAUUCAACGUAAAAAUAGUUCUAGAACAAAUGAAAUACUAAUUUCAUUCCAUUGAAUUCCACUAAUUAUCAUUCAUGUAAUUACACUUAUUCCUUUUAUUAACAUCCAGUUAUAGCCUUAGAACAACAUUAUCGCAUAGUUUUAAGAGGGUUUUUACCCAAAAAGUAGAGCGUGGACCACCACAAAAGGAAAGAAACGAGUUGCAAAAGUCGCAGGAUAAGAAACGUUUGUUCAUGGGUUUUUUACUGUUCACGGGCCCCACUGACACGUGGCGGCUCGCGAUAGAUUUACUUUUUUUUUCUAAUCAGACAAAAAAAAGAAAAAAAAUAAGAAACCCAUUUGGGGUUUGUGGGAUAAAGAUGCUCUUAGUUUUGUCUCUCCCAAAGUUUGUUGGGAAAUGUUUAAUCUAAUUGACAUCUAACUACCAUUGCUAAUUUAGACCGGAACAAACCGAUCGGUUGGUUAUGUGAAACCACGAUUUAGAUUAAAAUUAAAUCCUAGUUAGAUGUUAAAAAAAAAAUAAAAAUAAAUCCUAGUUAAACCGGUGAAAUAUGAUCAAACCGCUCGCGAACCGGUAGUUCUAAAAAAGCAUGGUUCUUUACAUUUUAGAGUGUCCCUGUUGCCCAAAAAAAAAAAAAGAAAAAAAGAGUUCCUUCCCUCAACGUGAUUUUGACCGGAAGCUCUAUCUAACAGAAGGGAUCUCUCUGUGUUUAGAAAGGUAAGCCCUUGAUUAUUACCCCCAAGCAAAGAAUAAAGGGUUUCAACUGCAAACUUUGCUCUCUCCUUCAGAGUCCACCCGAUUCUCACUCCCAGCGUCGGGACAUUUCUCGCAUUCUCCGUCAAUUUCAAGUGGGUCUGAGCUAAACCUUGUAAAGAAUCAAUGACAGAGAUCUUUACUGACACUGGAUCCAGACAGUUAACACAAAUGUUCCUAGCGAUAAUCUUCUUCCACACAUCGGAAUACAUUCUCGCCAGAGCCAUCCACGGACCAUCGAGAGUCACUCUAAGCUCACUCCUAAUCACCAAACACUACGCUUUCGCAAUGCUAGUAUCCAUCCUCGAGUACCUAACCGAGAUCACUCUCUUUCCUUCCCUGAAACAGCACUGGUGGAUCAGCAACUUCGGUCUUGUAAUGAUUCUCCUCGGCGAAGUCCUUCGAAAAACCGCGAUCAUCACGGCGGGAAGAUCCUUCACGCACCUCAUAAAGAUUCGCCACGAGGAGCAUCACAGGCUUGUGACGCGAGGAGUGUAUAGAAUCGUGAGGCAUCCGAGCUACUCCGGGUUUCUUGUAUGGUCUGUGGGGACGCAGGUGAUGCUGUGUAACCCUGUUUCGGCGGUUGCGUUUGCGGUUGUGGUGUGGAAGUUCUUUGCCGAUAGGAUACCUUAUGAGGAGCAUUACUUGAAGCAGUUUUUUGGGAGAGAGUAUGUGGAGUAUGCGCAGAGGGUUCACUCUGGUGUUCCUUUUGUAAACUGAAAAAACAAUUUGAAUCGGUUAUUAACAUUUAUAGAUUUGGUUGGAUACUAUUUGCAUAGAAAAUCAUUAAAAGAGAUGUUACUCAUGUUUUUUAACAUAAAUGUAUUUGUCACUGGUUAGUAUCUGGUUAUUCAACUCAUAUUUUAUUUC